UUAUUUCCGACAGCACCUGAAGGCAGCAUGUUGGACCAACGCUGCAUUCUCGUGACGUCAAUUUGAUCCGACUCAAACACAUAUCGUGCCUUGAGCGUUGGAUCAGAUAUCAACAUCCUACGUGCGGAGGAUGUUCUCGAAACCUGGCUGGCUGCUGCUUCUGUCCGUCUCUGCUGGGGUCUGGUCAGUGCCUGUCGAUCGCAAUGUGGGCAACCAGGAAGCCAAGGAGGAAGUACAGGAGGAGAACGGGGACACUGGCCUGUACUACGACAGGUAUCUCAGAGAGGUGAUCGAGGUUUUGGAGACAGACCCUCACUUCAGAGAGAAACUGCAAACAGCAAACACAGAGGACAUCAAGAACGGUCGCCUCAGUAAAGAGCUGGACCUGGUCGGUCACCACGUCCGGACUCGCCUGGAUGAGUUGAAGCGUCAGGAGGUUUCUCGCCUCAGGAUGCUGCUCAAGGCCAAACUGGACAGCACCAACGUACAGACCCUGCAGAUGGACCACGCCUCCCUGCUGAAGCAGUUUGAACAUCUGGAUCCCCACAAUCAAAACACCUUUGAGGCCAAAGACCUUGAGCUGCUGAUCUCCACGGCUACCAAGGACCUGGAGAACUACGACGCCGAGAGACACGAGGAGUUCAAGCGCUACGAGAUGCUGAAGGAGCACGAGAGGCGGGAGUACCUGAAGGGCCUGGACCAGGAGAAGAGGGAGAGGGAGGAGAAGAGAAUGCAGGAGCUUAAGGAGAAACACCGGCAGCAUCCCAAAGUCAACGCUCCGGGUAGCGUUGCUCAGCUACGGGAAGUUUGGGAGGAGACGGACGGACUGGAUCCACAGGAGUUCAACCCCAAAACAUUUUUUAAACUGCACGAUACGAAUGAAGAUGAUGUUUUAGAUGAGCAGGAGUUGGAGGCUCUCUUCACUAAGGAGCUGGAGAAAGUCUACAACCCAAAGAAUGAGGAAGAUGAUAUGAUGGAGAUGGAGGAAGAAAGGCUGAGGAUGAGGGAGCACGUGAUGAAGAACGUUGAUACGAAUAAAGAUCGUCUGGUCAGCCUGGAGGAGUUCCUCAAAUCCACCGAGAAGAAGGAGUUCAAUAAUCCCAAAGAGUGGGAGACUCUGGACACCAAGCAGGUGUACACAGAGGAAGAGCUCCAGCGGUUUGAGGCCGAGCUCAGGGAUAAAGAGGAGGAGCUGAAGAGGAAGGCGGAGAAUCUACGUCAGGAGCAGGAGCUGCUGAAGGAGCGAGGCAAAGCCCUGGAGGCCCAGAGGAGAGAGUACCAGCAGGCAGUGUUAGAGAUGUCCCAGAGACAGAAGGAACAGCAGGCGGCAGACGGGCAGCCUCCCGCGGGUCCUAACGGAGAGCUGCAGUUCCAACCACAGAUGCAAAGAGAGGAAGCUAAAGAGGCAAGAGCCCCAGCUGAAGCUGAAGCCCAGAGCAACCUGCCCGCGGAGCCUCCACAGAACCUGCCGCUACACACCUAAAGCAGCUCGCUCUGACCGCCUUAACACACACACACACGCACACACACACACACACACACACACACUCACACUCCGAUUUGCACUGACACAGACAUCCAGGUGGGUUCUACAAACUCAUCCCUGUCAACUGUAUGUAUAAACGCAGACGCACGUGGCUCGUAUUGUACUGUGUGUUCAUUUCUGUGGUCUACAUUAGAUUAAAGGUCUCGGAGCGGCAGAUGUCAGUAUGUGUACUUUCAAAGAUCUUCAGUUUCAGUGAAGUUUUCAUUAAUGCAGUGUCAGUUCACAAACUUCUUCAAAUAAAGUCUUUAAUUUAAAACCUCUGAA